AUGCCAAUAACAGAAGCAAUAACAGAAGAAGAUGCAAAGAACAUGAUCCGUGCAUAUGGACCUGACGUCCAUGCAAUUCAUGGGAAAACUGUUCGCAGGCGACCAAAUGCCGUUCCAUCCGGCAGACGAAUUCUGCCACCGGACUCCAUACUUAGAGCUAAUAGUCAGAUAAUUAUGUGUGCCGAUAUCUUCUUUGUCGAUAGCAUCCCGUCUCGCGGAAUCUUCGUUACGUGAGCACAUGUUCCCGAAGCCAAGCGGAACAUUCCCACUGUUAAGGAGUGUGAUAAGCUUCGCGUCGGGACAUACUGCGAAGUCCAUGACGAGCCUGAUCCAACGAACACAGAGACCGUCCGUACGACCUCCGGGAUUGCUCUCACCCCCACCCCAAAUUUCGAUGGUACCUGGGAGUUCCUCUCCCUCCAAACCGGUUGCACUGUCGUCCAUCGUGCAUGGACUGUCCUACCGACGACCACGGACGUUAUCCGUCAUGUCCACGACCUUAGCAAUUUGGACGCCAAUGCAGAUCCGGAUGCUUUCCUCCAUGAGUGGCGGCCGAACGUUCCCAUCCUCAAUUUGGAUGAUGACCAGGUUGACGUCGCGUUUCUCCCUCCCCCUGGAGGAGCGGUCCCCCAAAACGACGACCAAGACGAUUCGUCCGAUAGCGACGACCAAGACAAUUCGUCUGCCUCUUCCGACGACGACAAAGCUAACUCGUCCAAAGACAGCAAUGCUGCUGAUGACAGUGAAGAUGAUGAAGACAGUGAGGAUGACGAUGAAGCUGACAGUGGCGAUGAUGACGACAAAGAUGAUGAUGACGACGCCCUAGAACAACCAAAUAUUAGUGACGAAGAUGCUCAAGAAGAGCACGCAGAAGAGCAGAACGAAAAUGGGACUGCGCUUUUGGUGGCGGAUCUGGAGGACGCAGCAGAACAGGACCCAAACGAGUCAACACAGCUACUGCAGGCCCCAUUGUCAUCGUUGCGUAACAAUAACGAUACUGACAAAAACAACACCAAAGCUACCGUCACAGCGUGCAUGCAACGUGCAAUCAACUGCGCCGCGGCCAUAGAACGCAUGAACAACCGUUUUAAUCAAACGGGGCGGUGCGUAGAAGCCCUCAAGGAGUUUCCCCUACCCCCUGAAGAAAUAGGAGUGCAAGACCCUGAAGAAGCAGGAGCGAAUGAAGUUGUCGUGGCUCACAUUAGUCCAACUAGUUGA